UGAGCCAUAAUAAGUAUAAGUAAAUUCUUCAAGUCCCAAUAUUAGAGAUGACAAAACUUGAAGUAGUAUCAACAUGUGUAAUUAAGUCCCAAAAAUCCAUAGAAAAAAAAAUCGAGUUAACUCCAUGGGAUCUUCAAGUCCUCACAUUGGAUCCUAACCAAAAAGGAUUACUAUUUCAUAAACCAAAUCCUAAAGAGUUAGCAAAAUCAUCAUCAGAAAUUAUUAUCAAUCAUCUAAAAAUUUCACUCUCUAAAACUCUAAACUAUUUUCCUCUCCUCGCGGGUCGACUUGUUGCUCGUAAAAACAUUGAUGAUGACACCUUAUCUUUCUGUGUUGAUUGCAAGAAUGAAGGAGCUGAAUUCGCACAUGUCAUUGCACUUGACUUGAAUGUAGCUGAUAUCCUUGAACAAACUUACGUGCCAAAGAUUGUCAAGUGUUUCUUUCCACUCAAUGGAGUACGAAACUAUGAAGGUGUUUCGAAACCAUUAUUGGCUGUUCAAGUGACUGAGCUAGUGGACGGAUUCUUCAUUGGUUGCACUAUGAAUCAUUGUGUAGCGGAUGGGACUUCAUUUUGGCAUUUCUUCAAUUCUUGGUCUGAAUUAACACGCGAUUCUAAUCUUAUUGUUAAUAAACCACCGGUUCUGGAUCGUUGGUUUCCUGAAUUUGUAGCUACUCCAAUUCAUAUACAAGAACAUGAUUUAAUAUAUGAUGAAUUUGUUGCUACUCCCAUUCAUGCACAGGAGGAACAUGAAAGAAUUUUCCAUUUUAGCAAGGAGAACAUUGCUCAGCUUAAAGCCAAAGCUAAUUCUGAAUAUGGACAUAAUAUAGUUUGUAUCUCUUCAUUACAAGCUCUUUUGGCUCAUCUCUGGCAAUCUGUUAUACGUUGUCGUUUUGGUACCAAUGCUGCUGAUGAAAAUUUUAGUUUCAAAUUACUUAUAGGUGCAAGGCCAAGGCUUCAGCUGCAUUUACCUCAAGGAUAUUUUGGAAAUGCCUUGCAUCUUGUCAACGUCACAACCACCGCUAAGGAGAUAUUGGAGCAUGAUUCAGGUUGGAUUGCUUUACAAAUGAAUAAGGUGAUAUCCACGCAAACUCAUGAAGAGGUUAUGAAUUUUUACCAAAGUUGGGUGAAGAAUCCGAAGAUGUUGAAAAAGAGUGAAGUGUUUGCUAGUAGCUUGAUAGCUAGCAGCUCGCCGCGGUUCAAUGUAUACGACAAUGAUUUUGGAUGGGGGAGACCUGUUGCAGUGAGAAGUGGGGCUGGAAACAAACAUGAAGGGAUAAUAACAAUAUUUUGUGGUGCAGAAGAAGGAAGUAUGGACAUUCAAGCUUGUUUGGCCCCUCAAACUUUGCGUGCCAUGGGACACGAUACUAAAUUCAUGGCAGCUGUUACUAAAAUUCAUGACAUCGUUUAAGCUAAUUACUUUAUUAUUAUUAUUAUUAUUAGGGAUAAAGGUCUGAAAAAUACCUUAAUUUUGGUCGAAUUUGUUGUUUCGAUACUAAAUUUUUAUGAGGACCUAUUAUUUCUCUGAA